GGUCUUCAGAGGGCAUGAGACAGGCCCUGCAAAGACUAGAUUUUGGUGUGUGUGUUUGUGUGUGUACUAUUGUAUUGAAGGAUGUUGAGUUUCAAAAACUCAUAAAUAUUUACUUUGGAGAGAUAAAGGUUAACAAAAAGCCAUAACCCAAAAAGCAAAUAAAGGGAAAAAACAGACCAAAAAUCAAAUAAGGUUUGUUUUCUUCACAUAGUAGUAGUAGUAGUAGUAGCCAUAAGCAAAAGGAAAGGAAAGCAAAGCAAAGAGAUAGAUAGAGACACACAUGAAAGAAUCAAAAAGUUGCAAAGUAAAGGAGAGAUAUAUCUGAGAAAAAGACUUGUCCCUUCUUGUAGCAACUUAGAUAUACUUUGACAAGAAAGCUUUGAUCUUUUUCACUCUCUCUCUCUCUUUCUCUCUAUUUCUUGAGUUGGGUUUUGCUCCAAUUAGAGCUUUAUUUACAACUCAAAACCAAACUGAGUUUCUUUAUUGAAGAAAUGAAGAGAAUGGUCUAAACAUAUUCGAGUCUUUGCAUGGCUAGCCACGGAAUUGGAGGGACGGGUUUAUCAGACUCAGGUCCUUCUAAUCACCAUCUCUCUUAUGCAGCUGCUCUUCAUGGAAUCAACACUUCUACAAACUUCAUGAAUCAAGAAGGAUCUGCUUUUGAUUUUGGAGAGCUAGAAGAAGCUAUUGUUCUGCAAGGAGUUAAGAUUAGGAAUGAUGAAGCUAAAGCACCUUUAUUUACGGUAACAGGCAGACCUGCUGCUACUCUGGAAAUGUUCCCUUCAUGGCCAAUGAGAUUCCAACACACACCAAGAGUAGGAAGUUCAAAGUCAGGAGGGGAGAGUACUGAUUCAGGAUCAGCAGUAAACACUCUUUCAAGCAAAGCUGAUGCCCAGCUAGAGCCAGAAUCUCCUAUUAGUAAAAAGGCAUCUUCAGAUCAUCAAGGUUUUGAUCAGAAGCAUCUGCAGCUUCAACAGCAACAGCAACAACUAGAGAUGGCAAGUGAUACCUCAAGAACAGGAGGCGGAGGACCCUCAGAACUGAAUCCAUCACCUGCCAAAACACCACAAGAAAAGAGGAAAGGUUCGACAUCAGAGAAACAGCUUGAUGCUAAGACACUCAGACGUUUAGCUCAAAACAGAGAAGCUGCAAGGAAGAGCCGCCUUAGAAAGAAGGCCUAUGUGCAGCAGCUAGAAAGCAGUAGAAUCAAGCUUACCCAGUUAGAGCAAGAUCUCCAAAGAGCCCGCCAGCAGGGACUGUUCUUAGGUGGCUGUGGUGGUGCCGGUGGCAAUUUAAGCUCUGGAGCUGCAAUAUUUGAUAUGGAGUAUGCAAGAUGGUUAGAGGAAGAUCAUAGGCACAUGUCAGACCUCCGGACAGGAUUGCAAGCACAUUUAUCAGAUGGUGACCUGAGGGUUAUAGUAGAUAGAUACAUUUCACAUUAUGAUGAGAUUUUCCGACUGAAGGGGGUGGCUGCUAAAACUGACGUUUUUCACCUUAUCACCGGAAUGUGGUCGACUCCGGCAGAGCGUUGCUUCCUCUGGAUGGGUGGUUUUAGGCCAUCAGAACUCAUAAAGAUGUUAAUGACUCAGUUGGACCCAUUAACAGAACAGCAAUUUAUGGGGAUUUACAGCCUCCAACAAUCCUCACAACAGGCAGAAGAGGCUCUCUCCCAAGGCCUAGAGCAGCUCCAGCAGUCUCUAGUUGACACCAUUGCCAGUGGGCCAGUCGUUGAUGGCAUGCAGCAAAUGGCAGUGGCACUUGGCAAGCUUGCCAAUCUUGAAGGUUUCGUUCGUCAGGCUGAUAAUUUGAGACAGCAAACACUUCACCAACUGCGCCGGAUAUUAACAGUAAGACAGGGGGCUCGGUGUUUUCUGGUGAUCGGAGAGUACUAUGGGCGGCUACGAGCACUUAGCUCCCUCUGGGCAUCUCGUCCUAGAGAGUCGAUGAUGGGGGAUGAUAAUUCAUGCCAAAUCACAACUGAUCUACAAAUGGUUCAACAGUCUCAAAAUCAUUUCACAAACUUUUGAUGAAGAUGACAAAAAGCCAACACACAGCUGCAUGCAUGCAUAAGUGCUUUAAAUAUAUAUAUAUAUAUAUUCUUGUAUUUUAUCAAUCAAUAUUUUGAUGUAAAUGACAUACAUGCGCUGUUAUAGGGUUUCUUAAUUUGAGGUACUUUUAGAGGAGAUAGGAUUUUUUUCUUUUCUUUUUUCUCUUUUCUCUUCAUCUCUUUUGCCUUUAUUAAUAUCUUCACAUUUUAAAUAUUUUUAUGUCAUCUUGUAAAUGUAAAUCAAUUUUAUAUGUGCA